AGAAUAGAGGAAGUCGACUAUACAUUUUUUUAUCGGGUCUCUCUCUUCUACUCUAUUUGAUCUGCUCCUCUUCGAUUAGCACAUGUAGGUAAAUAAUUAGACGGGCUCGCGGAUCAGACGCCGUUAACCGGGAUCGGUAGGAGGUAGGAGGACUGUCAUUGAAUGGUUAAUGUCGUCGCCGUGUUUUACCGUCGCGUACUACAUGCGCGCGUUCAUUCGCAAGUCAUUUACAGCUGUGCGAACAGAACAGUGCCGUUCGUAACGGCCAAGUCAACGGAACAGGUAGUUAAUUGACUGAUUUUGAGCAGGACACGUGAAGUCGCACGGACGCCAAAAUUCUUCCAGAUCAUGAUUCGAUCGAGCCUCGUGUUUAUGCUCAUCGUCGUCAUCGCUUCGCAUGUUACUACCGGUGAAGAUUGUAAGGGAUGCGUGCCUUUGGAUUCUUACUCGUUCGACAAGGUGAUUCCCAAAUUCAAAGUGGUACUCGUUAAAUUCGACGUCGCCUUUCCAUAUGGUGGCAAGCACGAGCAAUACAGCACGGUAGCAGCCGAUACCAAGGAUUCGCAGGAUCUCCUGAUAGCCACAGUAGGCGUCAAGGACUUUGGCAAUAAAGAUAACUCCGAUCUAGCGUAACGUUAUAAUAUCAAGAAAGAGGACUUUCCGGUAGUCUUACUAUUCGUUCAAGGUAAAUCGGAACCGAUCAGAUUUACCACCGAGAAGGAUUCCGAUUUCACCGGCGAAUAUUUGAAGAGAUUCGUCAGAUCCAAGUCGAGAGUAUACUUAGGUCUACCAGGAUGCGUGGAACGGUUGGAUAAAUUAGCCGAGGAAUUCAAAGUCGCGAACGAACAGGAGAGACAGGAGAUAUUAAAGAAAGCAAGGAUCUUCGAAGAGACUUUGCCAGAAGAGCAACGGGAGGCUGCAAAAAUUUAUGUGAAGACUAUGGAGAAGAUCCUAGAAAAAGGAGAUGUAUUCGUACAAACGGAAGAAACGCGAGUACGGGGGCUUCUUUAUAGAGGAAAAUUAUCUAAUCAGAAGAAACGUACGAUGGAAGAGAGACGAAACAUCCUACAGUCUUUCUCAGCGAGGGAUGAACUGUAGAAAACUAAUCAAAUUUAUUAAUGAUUGUCCAAAUGUCGUCUAAUAAUUUAGUUUCAAUUCGAAUAUCGAUUAUUUGCUUUGUAGUGGAUUAUUUGAUAUAUUUCAUCUAAUUUUAUAUAAACGUCAAUUGGAAUAUACACAUUUGGACGCUAUUCAAAAUACCAAAGUAUUGUUACACAUUCCUUAUUGAAUUUCUCUGUGAUGAAGCAUUUCUUGAUCAUAUUUUAUACAGUACGAUAUGUAAAACUAUUUGCUAUUCAUAUGAUUAUUUUUUAUAGAUGCUUUGUUUCUUUAUACAGAUACAUGAUGCAAAUGCAAGAUAAACCAGGCGAUAAAUAUUAAAAAUAUAGACUUUUUACAUCCAAGAAUAUACCUGUCUACCUGUCAAAUUAAAUAUUUGAAUAAAUAUAAUUGUUUAAGCUUUUUGUUACAUGAAAAAAAAAAGUAAAAAAUUAAAAUUUAUUGAAAAUAUUUUCCAAGGAGGAAAUAUUGUCAGAGAAAUCGUAGAUUAAGAUAUUAUAUUGUUAAGUAUGCAACAAGUAAAUCAAUUUUAUAUUAUAAUAUACUACUUGUGAUUCUUUCAACAUACGAUUUGAUAUUCUUAAGACAGACAUGGUAUGCAAUUAUUAACUAUUAAAAAAUGAAUGAUAUAAUG